AUGAAUCUUCGCCUUCUGACCCUUGUGCUUGCGGGCCUCGUGGCUGCCAGCCCGGUGGACAUUCAGGAACGCCAGUUAUCUAGUGGAAAUGAGCUCCGUACGGGCUCUUGCAAGCCUAUCACUUUCAUCUUCGCGCGCGCUUCGACCGAGCCAGGUCUGCUGGGCAUUUCUACCGGCCCUGCUGUCUGCAAUGACCUAAAGGCUGCCAAGGCCGGCCAAGUUGCCUGCCAGGGUGUCGGACCCGCCUACACAGCUGACCUGGCUUCGAAUGCUCUGCCCGGAAACACCUCCCCAGCUGCCAUCAACGAAGCAGUUGGUCUUUUCGAAGAAGCUGUCCGCAAAUGCCCAGAUACUCAAAUUGUUGCCGGUGGUUAUAGUCAAGGCACUGCUGUCAUGGAUGACUCCAUCUCAAGGCUGCCCGAUAAUGUCAAGGAGAAGAUCAAGGGAGUUGUCCUAUUCGGUUACACCCGUAACGCCCAGGAGCAUGGCCAGAUCGCCAAUUUCCCUAAAGAUAAGGUCAAGAUCUACUGUGCUGUGGGAGACUUGGUUUGCGAUGGUACUUUGAUUGUCACUGCUGCGCAUUUCACUUAUGUUGCAAACACUGGCGAUGCCGCACAGUUCUUGGUGUCGAAGCUGAGUUCGUCUUGA